AUGCUGGGUGUGGACUUGAAAAAGGUGUUUGCGACGGGUUGUUGUCCCAGUGCUAGUACUGUAUGUGGUGACAAUAUAUUCUGGGUCUCCUUCACGAAGCUCCCUGGUGAAAAUUACUCACCACUUAUUGAUGGUGUCUUCCCUGAAAAACAUAUGGAAACAUUGAGGUGGAAAUAUUCUCCCUCAUCUGUUGUGCGACUUGGACCAGGCAGUAGGAACGCAGGCAAUAGCAGGGAUAGCAGGGGUGAUAGCAGGGAUAGUUGGGGUGAUAGCAGGAAUAGCAUGAGUGAUGGGGAUAGCAGAGGCAACAAUGAUUGGGAUGGAGUCAGCAGUAGGAAGGGGUUCAGCAGCUGUGGGCACCACAACAACUUGGGGCCUGCUCUGCCCACGUCAGUGAGGCAUGUUGAGGAUGGAAAUCUAACCAUACAACUUGCUGUCUAUAUAAGCAAAAUUUUCCCCAUGCGGCAGGCUGGGCACAUGUUGUAUGAUAAACUGCAGCACCUGAAUUGGGGGCAGAACAAGGCCAGUAUUGCCACCUAUCUGCAAUCAAUGAAUAUGGAAGAGGUGUCUAAGGUCAGGAGUCAGGACUGA